AGUUCCGUCAUUUACAGACAAGUAAGUAUGGCUAUGGGUGCUGCCCCUGCACACAUCUUCCCCACCACCGUGCAGCCUCUUCUCCUUCCUGCAGCUACACCGGUGGUGGCCGGGGAUGGUAGGCGAGGCGGUGGUCGCCUCGGCAGCCGGAGCUGCCCUUCGCCGGCGGCAACCAAAACGUUGUUGCCUACUACUAGCGACCUUGAUGUCCAGUUCCAGCUCCAGAGAGGCAUCACGGAUGUACGAAAGACUUUUCUUGGAUGUGGACGGAGCGGCCGGGAGAUGACGAUGGCCACCGUCGACAACCUGAAGCGCCUCUGCAUCGACCAUUACUUCGAGGAAGAGAUCGAGAGCGCCAUGAGCAGCACAUGCAUGGAUCUCCUCCACAGCGACGACCUCCUCGAUGCAACCCUCUCCUUCAGGCUCAUGAGAGAGACCGGGCAUCAUGUUUCAGCAGAUGACGUUCUCAGGAGGUUCACCAAUGGCGCCGGCAAGUUCAGCCUUGCUCUCAGCAAGGACACCAUGGGGCUCCUAAGCCUGCAUGACAUGUCACACCUGGACAUCGGAGAAGAACAAACACUCCAUGAGGCCAAGGAGUUCUCAAGAAAGCACCUUGCAUCUGCCAUCAGCAACAUGGAGCCAGGCCUUGCGAGGUAUGUGAGGCAGUCACUGGACCACCCCUACCACCUGAGCUUGAUGCAGUACAAGGCAAGGCACCACCUCAGCUACCUGCAGAACCUGCCCAGUAGGAGCACUGCUGCAAUGGAGGAGUUGGCAGUUGCAGAGUUCCAGCUUAACAAAAUGCUGCAUCAGAUGGAAAUGAAAGAGAUCAAAAGAUGGUGGAUGAACUUAGGAUUAGCUCAAGAAAUACCGGUGGCUCGGGACCAGGUCCUCAAAUGGUACACAUGGUCCAUGACUAUACUCCAAGGAUCUUCCUUCUCCAAAUACAGAGUUGAGAUCACAAAGAUUAUCUCGAUCGCCUAUGUUGUGGAUGACAUAUUUGAUCUUGUUGGCACCCUGGAGGAGCUCUCCCUCUUCACCGAGGCAAUCAAAAUGUGGGAUGUCGCAGCUGCUGAUUCACUCCCCUGUUACAUGAGAUCAUGCUACAAAGCUCUUUACACAGUUACAAAUGAGAUGGCAGAUAUGGCUGAGAAUGAGCACGGGCUGAACCCUAUCGAUCAUCUCAGGAAAGCUUGGGCAAUGCUGUUUGAUGCGUUCAUGGUUGAGGCAAAAUGGCUAGCAACUGAUCAGGUUCCUUCCGCAGAUGAGUACUUGAGAAACGGUGUCAUCACUUCAGUAGUGCCGCUCGCAUUUGUGCACAUACUCUUCCUUCUAGGGCAUCACCAUGCAGCGAGUGGCAACGCCGCAGAGCUCAGCGACAGCAUCCCUCCAGCCAUCACCAGCUUAUCCAAAAUCCUUAGACUCUGGGAUGACAUGGGUAGUGCCAAGGAUGAAGCACAGGAAGGGUUGGAUGGGUCAUACAGGGAGCUGUACCUGAGGGAGCAUCCUGCAGCCGCCGGCGACGUGGAAGAACACAUGCGCAGGCUGAUCGCCAAGGAGUGGCAGGAGCUCAACCGGGAGUGCUUCUCCAGGAGGACCUUCUCUUCCUGCUUGGCGCAGGCCUGCCUGAACGCCGCCAGGAUGGUCAGCGUCAUGUACAUGUAUGACAAGGAGCACAGGCUCCCUGUCCUUGAGGACUACAUGAGGCUGCUGCUGCUUUGAAACCUACUGCUCCAGCCUCCAGCUCAUCCUCAUAGAUGCGAAUCCAUGCAUGCAAGAUGGCAAGUGCGCUAUUAUGCUAUUAUUAAAACAAAGUGUGUUACUAACAACUAGCAGUAUGUGAGAGAUAGAUAUAGAUUAGGGACUAAGGAGUAGACAGGAGAGGAUAGAUUUAAUUAAUCCAGUUUGUACCUGUAUGGCAUAAUGGCAUUUUUUCCUCCUCUGGUUCUCUGCUUUCAUCGUGGACUAUUUCACUAUUACAUAAGUGGGCUACAGUCCUGGUUAAUUAGGAAAGACCUUUCAUAUUGUUUUUUUCGACCAAGACUGCGAAUCCAGGAUGUUAUGUGGUUAUGUACCGAAAAUGUACAUGUGGUUAUGUGAGAAUAU